CAUCUAGUUAGUACGCUGCGUAUGCUACUUCCACUUCUAGGACCGACUCACCCGGCAACAGAAACAUGGCUGCCUCUACUCCAGAAAGUAGAAGAGCACACCCCAAACAAAACAACUGCAAUGUAUGUAUUAAUCAGAAAGACAACGAGGAGCUCACUUCACAGUUUCGGGAAAUUAUAAAGCCCUCAAUUUCAGAACUAACCAAAGAAGUGCGGACCAAUAUCCUCUGCACCGUUGAAGGAUGUGGAAAAAUUCUCCCCAACACUCCGGCUCUGAACAUGCACCUUGUGAAGUCACACAGGGUCAAGGAUGGUAUUGUCAACCCCACCAUCAGGAAAGAUAUGAAAGGGUUACCCAAACUUUACUGUUGUCCGAUAGAUGGCUGUCCAAGAGGACCAAACAGACCAUUCUCCCAGUUUUCCCUGGUUAAACAGCACUUUAUGAAGAUGCACGCCGAGAAGAAACACAAGUGUGACAAGUGCAACAACUGCUACAGCAUAGAGUGGGACCUGAGGAGGCACGCCGAGGAUUGUGGGAAGACCUACUGCUGCACGUGCGGCUGCCCAUACGCCAGCAGGGCGGCGCUGCUCUCCCACAUCUACAGGACAGGCCACGAGCUUCCCACAGAGCACAGAUAUCCCCCUGGCAAAAAACGGAAGAUGGAGGGAUUGCUAAGCAGCGCAACAAAGCUCAGGCCGAAUGGACAGAUUUUUCAGGUUGUGAAGAAGGAAAAGGAGAUCUCUAAAGUGUGCAUUUCAACCGAUGAAGCCAGUCACCCCGAUUCUGGGUGCCAGAACCACAGUCCCACUAAAAACCCACAGAAGCCUCUCCUUCCGAAGCCAAAGGUUGCCUUGGUGAAUGUUCCUGUGAUGCAGUUUGCACACUUGCCCGUUCUACUCUCCUCGACAGAAAAUAGUGCGCUGAGGUCCGUCGUGCUAGCUGUGGCCAAUCAGUGCUCUCUUAUGAGCACCGUUCAGUUCUUGCCCCAGUCAGUGGGAACUGUAAUGCCAGUGUUGGACACAAAGACUUUGAGCUUUCAAGACCCCAUGUCCAGGAUGGGCCCAAAUCCCAUCAGUACUGAAGUGCAAGUGAAUUUGGACAAAUAUGCCUCUGCUCAUACAGAGACCAAUGAUGCGGGACUCAGGAGCAAGAGCACGUCCACCAACAUUCAGACUGACAUAUCUUACCUCACAAAGGGAUCCACGCAAGCCUCGUGCAGUGUGGGUGAAACUGCAGUUUCGUCUUGCUCCCAAACGGACAUCAGUGUUAGCGCACAGGUGCUUCUGCCUGUCAGCGUAGAAACUCAGACUUUUCCGACACAGUCCAAAAUAACGUCCUCCAUCGGUGCACAGACAGACACUUUCGGCCAGAUGUACAUCCUCUCCGACAAUGUCACUAAGGAGACACAGACUGGUGCUAGUCUGUGUAUUGCUGAAGACAGAAGACAGAUGGACCAGGCUAUAAUGUGCUCGGACCUUUUCGACAACGAUGCCUUCGGUGUUUCAACGCAAGCAGGCUUGAAGGAGAGAUCUUUUCAGACAGACACUGUUGCAGUACCUCUGGCUGGCAGUGGCUCCAGUCUCUAUGAUAAGGCUUCAGGGGCGAUUUGCUUUGGUGCCCAGACUGAAAUGCUCCAGCAGAACACUAUGGCGGACAACCAGACACAGACCAUGAUGCUGUUCAGUGAUUUAGAGAACAUCUUAUCUGAUGGCAUGGCUGGUAACACUAUCGACAGCCAGGGUUCACUGUCAGAUACCACUUCCAGUUGUGAUGCUGGCCUCUCGGCCGACCAAGAACAAAACACUGGGAUUGACUUUGAUUUUGAGGAGUUCUUAAAGGCCGUGCACAUCCAGACACAAACGGAAGAAAGCGAGCUCUGCACUGGCACUCCUUUGGAGUCGCUGGACAUCCAGACUCAGACUGAUUUCCUGUUGUUUGACAACCCAGCGCACAAUGACGGCAACACGAGGACUCAUUCUAGCGAUCUUGGACUGGAGAUGUUUGACACCCAGACCCAAACCGAUCUCAAUUUCUUCCUGGACACAAGCAGUCACAUGUCCCUCGGAAGCUUCCUCAAACAGUCUAGCUUCUCCAUAAGCACAGAAUCUUCAGACACCGAGACGCAGACCGAUGUUCUCCCCACGCUUCAGUCGAAUGCUCAGGACGGCCAUAUCAAGCUUAGCAGCACAGAGACGCAAACAGUAACCAGCUCUUUUGACAGUUUGGGAAACCUGUUCCUGACCAGUAACCAGACCCAAACGGUAAUGGAUGACUUUCUCAUGGCUGACCUUGCCUGGAACACCAUGGAGUCCCAUUUCAGCUCGGUGGAAACUCAGACAUGUGAGGAGCUCUUUUCUCUCUUUCAACACUCUGAGAAACCCAACAGCUGAACAACCCCUGGUGGGCGUUCUGUGGCUGUGAUUCACUGACAAGAUGGGCUUCUGGAGUCCAGUGACGGCCACUGGUGGCAGCUGGUGUUUGAGUAACGCAUUUCACAAGGCUUCCAUUUGCAAAAUGCACUACGGCAAAAAAGAUUUUAAAAUGUAAUGUGUCAUUAUCAUUAUAUAGGUCAUUCCAGUGUUGGGCUGUCAAGGAUUGCAUUUUAAGGUGUGUUUUUUUUCAUGAUAAGACUAGAUCCACAACAUAUUGGCAAAGAUUCAUAUUUUCUCCUGUUUACAUACAUACAUA